UUUUGAUUUUGAUUUUGAUUUGAAGAAUUGGGGGAAAAUUUUGAGUGUGGUAGCGGCAAGUGGUAACGCGCAGCACUGUGUUGAAAAUUGAAACUGCUCUCUGUUCUAAGCUCCGUUUCCAGAUUCAACCACUCAAACCCUAACUCUUCCAACUUCGCUCAAUAAGAUAUUCAGCAAAACAACCUCCUCUAAAUUACGUUGUUCGAGUUUGAUAGAUAGUUGUUAGUUGCCAUGGAUUUUGAUGAGUACGAGUAUUUAGAGAACGCAGUUGAAAAGCCUCAAGUUAAGAAGGAGAAGCACAGGGCCAAUGGUGGUGACAAAACUGUGAAGUCCGAAGAGAGGGGGCAUGGUGGGAAUUCCAAGCAUAAGGAUUAUGAUGAUGUUGGUCUCCGUUCCAAGCAUUCAAAAUCCGGAGAGGAUUCUCGUGAAUAUGAGAGGCAGAGAGAAAGAGGUUCCUCUCGCCACGGUUCGCAGUCCAGAGAGGGAGAGAAGGAGAGGGAUCAGCACAGAAGGAAGAGGGACAGGGACAGAGAUCAUGAGGACAAGGAUAGGAAGAGAGACAACCGUGACCAAGAAAGGGACAGGAGGGACCGUGGGAGCGAGACUGAACGGGAACGGCGAAGCAGAAGUAGACCCGAAAGGCAUCGGGGUGAUGUGGAUGACAGGGACUAUGGAGAUAGGGAAAGAAGCCGGGAUAAGGAGUACAAAGACAGAGAAAGGGUGAGGGAAUCAAGGGAACAGGAUAGAGAAACCAGACGACAUAAAGAAAAAAAGGAUGAAGCAAAAGAACCUGAGGCUGAUCCUGAAAGAGAUCAAAGAACUGUGUUUGCUUAUCAGAUUUCUCUGAAAGCAGAUGAAAGAGAUGUAUACGAGUUCUUCUCAAGGGCUGGCAAGGUGCGAGAUGUUCGCCUGAUUAUGGACCGCAAUUCAAGACGUUCUAAGGGUGUUGGGUAUAUUGAGUUUUAUGAUGUCAUGUCUGUCCCCAUGGCUAUAGCACUUUCGGGCCAACCUCUUCUUGGUCAGCCAGUGAUGGUGAAGCCAUCAGAAGCAGAAAAGAAUUUGGUUCAGUCCACAUCAUCUGUUGCUACUGGACCCACUGGACUUAUAGGCCCUUAUUCUGGGGGUGCGAGAAGGCUGUAUGUAGGCAAUCUGCAUAUCAGUAUUGGUGAAGCUGAUCUUCGUGGGGUGUUUGAGGCAUUUGGUCAGGUUGAGCUAGUCCAACUGCCUCUUGAUGAAAGUGGGCAAUGCAAAGGUUUUGGCUUUGUGCAGUUUGCACGCCUUGAAGAUGCAAGAAAUGCUCAGAGCUUGAAUGGUCAAUUAGAGAUUGGUGGUAGGACAAUCAAGGUAUCGGCUGUUACUGAUCAAUCUGGAAUGCAAGAAGUUGGAGGAAAUACUGGUGAUUUUGAUGAUGAUGAAGGAGGUGGCUUGUCCUUGAAUGCAUGUUCUCGAGCAUUACUCAUGCAGAAGUUGGAUCGAAGUGGCAGUGCAUCAAGCAUGGUUGGUUCCCUCGGUAAUUCUGUUGUCAACAACGUUGGUCUUAAUCUACCAGCAUCCGGAACCAUACCUGCAACUGCAUCUGUGGGUUCUCCACUGGUUUCUCCUGUUGCACCAGUAGCUGGGUUGGCAGGUGGAAGUCUCCAAAUUCCUACGGCUACAAUUCCAUCCAUUGAUACGAUUGGCGUUCCAAGUGAAUGCUUAAUGUUAAAGAAUAUGUUUGAUCCCAAAGAUGAGACUGAACCAGAUUUUGAUUUGGAUAUUAAAGAAGAUGUUGAAGCAGAGAGCUCUAAAUUUGGGACGUUGAAGCACAUAUAUGUUGAUAAGAUGAGUGCUGGUUUUGUCUACUUACGAUUUGAAGAUACCCAAUCUGCAAUAAGUGCACAACGGGCCUUGCACGGAAGAUGGUUUGCUGGAAAGAUGAUCACUGCAAGCUUCAUGGUGCCUCAGUCAUAUGAGGAGAAAUUCCCAGAUAGCAGAUAAAUUCAGAGUCCAGUAUUUGGUAUUAGAUAGUUGUUGCAUGAUGAGGAAUCUUGGGGCAGAAAUAAUCAUCCUCAUAAUUAUACCUCGUAUGGUUUCGUUUGAGGAAGAUUUAAUCAUGCACAUAUUCACAUGUAACUUUGAUUUCUCUUGGGCAUGUUAAAUGUUGCUAUUAGUAAAAGCUACAGUUAAUACGCAUCAUUUUUUGGGGGGUGUGGGUUUGAUUUAAGCGUCCUAUUUAGUAUUUACGGUAUUACUCUUGUGGAUUGACAGUGUUAUUGAUUGGAACAAGGGUUUUGUGAUGUUAGAAACAAACAUUGAUGUAAUUUAACUUUGGCUGAUGGAAUCACAAAGUUUUGACUUUUGAUGUA